AUGGUGGAGUGUAUAUUUGUGUUAACCCCAGGAAUAUGUUGUCCAAACAGGAAUGAUGAAGUGGAGCAGGUAUCCACGUCAGGGAAUGGGGCAUCCCCGGGAGUCGAUGACGCGGACGCUGACGUGGCAAAGUGGACAGCCUACCUAGCGCCGGCAGCGGUGGUGAUCGGGCUCGGGCUGCUUGUGGGCGGAGGCUUUGUGUUCAAGGGACAACUGAAGGAGUUCAUCGACUACUUUGUGGAGGUGGUGGACACAUGGGGGCCGCUCAGGUAUCCUGCCUAUGGGCUGGUCUAUGCAGCGCUGGAGGUGUUGGCGCUCCCGGCAGUGCCGCUGACAAUGACGGCCGGGCUGCUGUUUGGCGUGGGCCCCGGCGUGUGCGUUGUCUCUGUUGCAUCUACUGCAGCCGCCACUGUCUCCUUCCUCAUCGCCAGAUAUGCAGCGCGAGAGCGGGUGUUGGAGCUGGCGCAGAAGAACGCGCGGUUCAAGGCGAUAGACCGAGCGAUCGGCCGCAACGGGCUCAAGGUGGUCACCCUGCUGCGGCUGUCGCCGCUGCUGCCGCUGGCGCUCAGCAACUACCUCUACGGCCUCACCAGUGUCGACCUGCCAUCCUACGUGGCUGGCUCCUGGGCCGGCAUGCUCCCCGGCACCAUCGCCUACGUGGCUGCAGGCACGCACCUGUCCUCCUCGUGGAUGUUGACGGGCAGCUACGGGCGGGCGCUGUUGGACGGCAGUGGGGAGGGCCUCGCGGUGGAGCCGUGGCAGGUGGCGGCUGCGCUCGGCUUCACCGCCAUUGCGCUCCUUUACCUAGGCCGCGUCGCCAAGGACGCACUUGAUGAGGCGGAUCUGGAAGAGGAGGCAUGA